AUGUCUGGAAGAAGCACAUCUUGCAACAACUCAUCCAGCCACCCACGGGAAGCACAGGGACAGCCAUCUCCGAGCAGCACAAUCUGUAGGCUGCACAUACCCCUGACAAGGUUUUGGCCCUGUGCCCCUGCCACCACCACACCGUGGGACAUGGUUGCCUGGAAAGUAGCCAUCAUCGGUGCUGGUGCCUCUGGCCUGUGUGCCCUGAAAUGCUGCCUGGAUGAGGGGCUGGAACCCACCUGCUUUGAGAGGAGCCGGGACAUCGGGGGCCUGUGGCGCUUCGAGGAGCACCCCGAGGAGGGCCGCGCCAGCAUCUACCGCUCCGUCAUCAUCAACACCUCCAAGGAGAUGAUGUGCUUCAGCGACUUCCCCAUGCCCGAGGACUUCCCCAACUACAUGCACAACUCCAAGAUCAUGGAGUACUUCCGCCUGUAUGCGCGGCACUUCGGGCUGCUGCCACACAUCCGCCUCAGGACUGACGUGUGCCGCGUGGCCAAGCGCCCCGACUUCGGCGCCACGGGCCAGUGGGAGGUGGUGACGGAGAGCGAGGGGAAGCAGGAGACGGCCGUGUUCGACGCCGUGCUGGUGUGCACUGGGCACCACAGCGAAGCGCAUCUCCCGCUCAGCACCUUCCCAGGGAUAGAAAAGUUUGAGGGCUGGUACAUGCACAGCCGGGACUACAAGAGCCCACAGCUGUUUACAGAGAAGCGGGUGGUCGUGGUUGGCGUGGGGAAUUCAGGCAUCGACAUCGCGGUGGAGCUGAGCCGCACAGCCAAGCAGGUCUUCCUCAGCACCAGGCGUGGGACCUGGCUGCUGCCCCAGCUGGUGGAAGGCGGGUACCCCUUCGACUUCUGCUACAUCACCCGCUUCCUGAGCCUCGUCCAAAACGUCUUGCCUCAAAAUAUCACUCAUUUCAUUCUGGAGAGACGGCUGAACGCCCGCUUCAACCAUGCACUCUACGGCCUGCAGCCCCGGCACCGGGUCUUUGACCAGCACACCACCAUGAAUGACGAGCUGCCCAACCGCAUCAUUUCAGGCAAGGUGCAGGUGAAGCCCAACGUGCAGCAGUUCACAGAGACGGCUGCCAUCUUUGAGGACGGCACCAGGGAAGACAUCGACGCCGUGGUCUUUGCCACGGGAUACAGCUUCUCCUUCCCCUUCCUCGAGGGCUGCGUGAAGGUGGUGGAGAACCAGCUCCCCCUCUACAAAUUCAUGUUUCCCCCUGAGCUGGAGAAGCCCACGCUGGCUUUCAUUGGGCUCGUGCAGCCUCUGGGUGCCAUCAUGCCCGUCUCCGAGCUCCAAUGUCGCUGGGCCGCCCGUGUUUUCAAGGGGCUGCAGGGCCUGCCGCCAUCCGCUGACAUGUUGGCUGACAUUGCACGAACCAAGAAGCACAUGGCCGCACGGUACGUGAAGAGCCGGCGGCACACCAUCCAGGUGGAUUACAUCCCCUACAUGGACGAGCUCGCCUGCCAGCUGGGGGUGAAGCCCAGCCUGCUCACCCUCUUCCUCAGCGACCCCAAGCUGGGGCUGGAGGUGGCCUUCGGGCCCUGCACACCGUACCAGUACCGGCUGCGGGGCCCGGGCGCGUGGGCAGGUGCCAGGGAAGCCAUCCUCACACAGCGGCAGCGCGUCAUCAAGCCUCUGCAGACCAGGGCCGUGCACCCGCCUCCCCGCUCCAGCAGUGUGCCCCACAUCUUUAAGGUCUUCUUCAGCAUCGGUUUGAUUGUGGCCACCCUUGUCUAUGUCUCGCUCUCUCCUUAG